AUGGACUUUCCUAUGAAGUCGAUAGACAGUUGUCUGGUCUAUAUGACCGUAUACUUGGCGCUAUUAUUGGUGCCAUCUGUGAAGAACUUGGAACCCUUAAAGGUCCUUGGAAAAAUCACUUUUACCGCCGUUUUACUAUGCUACUUCUACAGCCACAUGUACGCCACUGACAUUCAAAUCGACCAUCAGUCGCUGUUCCGUGGCGAUUGGCGGGAAGUUUUUCAUUUUUUCGGCAUACUUUUGUUUUCGUUCGUGCCUGUCUUUCAGGUAUGUACCCGAUAACAAGAAAAUAUUAUAAUUUCUCGUUACAUAAGUACCUAUAGAUAUUUAUUUUAUAUUUUAAUAUGUAUGAUAAGACGAAAGUUAAAAUGUAAUUACCUAUAUAAAUAAAUAAAUUGCAAUGUUAACACCGUACCUAUAAUAUAGUUUAGGGGAAAAGGAUAUACGAGUACAUAGUAAACUUAGAUUUUUAACGAAUUUCUGCCCAAAAAUAGACUGUUAAGAAUAUAAGAUGAUUAAUAUAACGUAAAACACGUUAAUAACGUAAAUUAUCUAGGAAAGUAUUAAAUUUUUUCGGAAAUUGUUUCAUAGACAAUUUUAAGAUACAAGCGGCUCUACAAUUUAACGUUAAUGUUAUUUUCAUCAUCCUUUUUUUUUGGAAGUGAACAGACUGGUUCUAUACAAUAACUUACAUAAAAAAGUUAAUACUAUGUAACGGCAAAUCCCGAAAUCGGGAAAAUUUCAGAAAUUCCCGGGCAAAACGCGAAAUGUUCGCGAUAGGUACUUUAAUGUCAGAAUGGCAGAAUGUCAUAUACUCCGAGAAAAAAAAAUGAUAUACGUAAAAUUAAGAUUAUUGUUCCAAUAUAGUCAAAUAUGAUUAAAUAAAUUUAAAUAAUAAUAAAAUCAAUAUAAUGAUAUUAGGUAUGUUAUUCUAAUAUUUUAAAAAUACAUUUAACAUAAGUUAUUCAAAAUUACCCAAAAAAUGAUUGAAAUUAAAUAUUAGACAAUAUUAGGUGUAUCGAAAUUUCUUUAUUUGUCGCUACAUGUAUUGGCGGAUUAAAUUAAUACAAAUUGGGUAAAAUUAUUUCACUAUGAAUUUCACCGUGCUGUUGUGAGAGGAAGAUAGAUUUUUAGUUUUAGAAACCCAACAGAUCUCCUAAAUAAAUCCAGGACAUGGGAUUUUGUAUAUUAUGCACAUUGUUAAUGUCGGAGAUAUAUCUUGAGCAUUUCAACUUUCAACUCCUGUCUGUAUCAUAUUAAAUUACAUUAUUAUUUUGGUAGUUCAAAUAGUAUAAUUAUAGUAAUAGUUAGGUAUUUAUUGUUGAACUCUGCUGCUCACGGGUAUUAUUAUUUUACUUUAUUUGAUUCUAACCCAGUAAUAUUUAGUUUGUUGAAAACGUUCAAUCUCUAUGACAUUGAUUUAUCUAUAAUAACAAUGCAACUUUGUUCAUAGUUAUUAAAAAUCGAAGACGAGUUGAUCAAACCAGAAGAUUUUGUGCGGGGACCGUCGUUUAGCCUAUUACACAUAACAAUGGUUAUAAUAACAAAUAUGUACAUUUCAGUAGGCUUGUGGGGUUAUUUGACUUUUGAUUGUAUACCGAAAAUCGGAUAUUCGGUGUUGACUGUUAUUCCGGCGUCCAGGUAACAAAAUAAGCAACCUGUUCUAAAAUAUAGUAUAACAAAAAGUUAUCACUUUUUGAUAGCUAUACAAGUUCUAUCAAGUCCUAUUUUCGAGCUUUUCUAUAUAAUGUAUGCUACUGUACACGUACUUACGGAGAUUUGAUUUACACAAAAAACCAAUCUUAACUAUAUAUGUAUAAUAUUAUAAUUUAUAUACGGCUAUUCUAGCAUUCCUCCUUCAAAAAAAAUCAAAUCUCCACCUAAGUACUUAGCUCAUCAACGAUGAGUCAUCAUCUAUGGAUACUCCAGAUUGUUUUAUAGGGUUGGUCUUGGCAACGAUUUCUAUAAAAUCAAUAAAGUCAUAACUCGUUAUAACUCGUUGCCCUAAUUCCUAACUAUUAAGAGAAACAAAAAAUAUUUUCGGAGUUCAAGUCCUCACACAAAAACGAAAAUAAUUUUUAUAGAAAUAGGACUUAAUUUUUACCGCGACAAUUUCGUUAAAUUUGUAUCAGCACUUUUAUAAUACAUUUUUUAUAAAUCAACGUGCUUUUAAACGACACAUUAUCAUUUAUUUAAUCGGAAAUGUCAAUGGAAAUCUUAUUUUUGGAGUUACAACCAUUGGGAUAUAGGCCAGUUACGAUUUUCUUGUUUAAGAUUACUGGAUUUCGUGAAGAUAUGUUUUGUCACGUGUAUCGUGUCAUCACACCAAGAACUGUGUUUGGAGUCCGUGGCGCUAUUAUGGUCGUCGUCCAUCACGAAGGCCGUUGAAAAAGUGACGGAUCGGUUUUCGUUUUCUGAAAUGUCGUGGUUGGUGGCGGGCACCAAAAUCGUCUUCACGUUCAGUUCGUUUUUAGGUAUGUCGACCAAGCCAUAUUUUUAUCAGAGACAUUAAAACCAGGUCUAGGCAUACAAAUAUUCAAUAUAUCCACCACUCCGAUAUAAUUUGGAUGUCCUAAGUAAAUUCGAGAUUUGGGCUGACUGCAAAGUCUUUAUAUACUCCGUAUUUCGUCACGCAAGCAGGCCCUGAUUUACGCAUGUGCACGCGGUACACGGCACAGAGCCCCCAUGCAAAUUACUAAGGAGGUUUUUUUUUAACUCUACACAGAAAAAAAAUGUAAAAAUAUCUAUUUAUUUAACUUAAACGUAGAAAAACUCGAUUGCAUGCUUCUUUAACACAAGAAAAACUGAAUUCUUUAUCAUUACCGCGGGCAGUACCGACCAUUAUGACACCCGACCUCCCCCCCCCUUGAAAAUAUCCUGCGUACGCCACUGGCCCGGGCGCCCGAAUCCGCCCUCGGGUUGCAACGGCGCGAUAAUAACAUUGAAACGUUACGCGUGACCGGAUGUUUCGCAGCGGCCGUGCUCUUCGUCGUGCCGGAUGGCGGCGUUCCCGCAGCACCGGCCAUGGCCGCCUUGGGGUACGCGGGCAACGGCUGGAACGUACUGGUUUACCCGUACACGAUCGAACUGUGCCUGACGCACGCCCAGCACGGCACGUGGGCCAGACCGCACGUGAUCGCCAAGGACGCGCUCGCCGUCGUUCUCGGACUGGCCGUGUCCGCCGUCGGCGUUUACGCGACCGUCACGCGCACCUCACCCGGGGACGGCGACGUCGACGGUACAUGA